UUUGUUGCUUUCAUCACCUAUUUCAAUUCCAGAGGUAAAACGUAAAAUUGCAGCCUCCGUCCUUGCGCACAAGGAAAUAGAUUUUACUAUCGAAUGCCGAGUGAGCUCAACGAACCAAUUGAAAUGUCUGGCAAAGCAGAGGAAGAAACUCGUCCAAUACACCGUCUCUCGGAAGUUGAAGCGUCAGCCGAAGGAGUGAGUAUCUGUGGGAUCAUUCUUGUGGGGCUCUCGUAUCUUCUGGUAAUUUGCACAUUUCCAUUUUCAUUGUUUCUCUGUAUCAGGAUUGUUCAAGAAUACGAGAGAGCAGUUAUAUUCCGUCUUGGACGACUUCUGCCAGGAGGAGCUAAAGGACCUGGAUUAUUCUUCAUCUUACCAUGUAUUGAUUCUUAUCAGAAAGUUGACCUCCGAGUGGUUUCUUUUGAUGUUCCCCCACAAGAGAUUCUAUCAAAAGACAGUGUGACAGUCGCGGUGGAUGCUGUUGUUUAUUAUAAGAUCUACAAUGCAACAAUGGCCAUCACAAAUGUUGAGAAUGCAAGUCGUUCAACCCGGCUGUUGGCACAAACCACACUGCGUAAUGUUCUUGGAACACGAAGUCUGAGUGAGAUCUUGUCAGAACGGGAAACUAUAAGCCACAGUAUUCAGUCAACUCUCGACGAAGCAACUGAUCCAUGGGGGGUGAAAGUAGAGCGUGUUGAAGUGAAAGACGUAAGACUUCCACAACAACUGCAGAGAGCAAUGGCUGCAGAAGCAGAAGCUGCACGAGAAGCUAGAGCUAAGGUAAUUGCUGCUGAAGGUGAGAUGAAUGCGUCACGAGCUCUCAAAGAGGCCGCUGAGGUGAUAGCAGAGUCACCGCAGGCGCUACAACUAAGAUAUCUUCAAACUCUUAACGCAAUAUCAGCUGAGAAGAAUUCGACAAUUAUCUUCCCGCUUCCAAUUGAGCUCAUGAACAGUUUGAGCAAAAAAGGUUAAAUGCUGAAAGCUCACUUAACCCUGGGGAGAAGAAAAAAUUGUUGACGAUUUGAGAGUUUUGAGAGACUUACAAGAAAGCAAUGUUAACGAAAAUCAGGACCAGGUUUAUGCUCAUUUUUUUGCCCAUUUCAAGAAACUCUUAUCCGCUGCUCGGAGAAUAUCACAACGAAGUUUUAGGAAACGUAACGAAUAAUCAAUCGCAACAAUGUCUCUGCCCCAGGGUUUUCCGCGCUUACAAACGGCUUUUAUCUGCACUUUGUUACUAAGGGGCUGUUUACAUGAGCCCGGUUACCCGAGAUUCAACGAAGCGUGAGAGGACUUUGAGGUAUUGAAAUA